AGCUUUUAGGGAAAUUUGUCACGAUUAGUAAUUGAUAACCAUUUCCUUUGACAUUGGCUUCAAAACUAAACAGUUAAAGAAGUGCUGCCUAGUCUUAGGUGUGUUACAAUUUUUAAAAAAUCCAGUAUCAUGCUGAUGCACUUUUAUAAAGGACAAAUGAUUAAGAUUUCAAUUGUAUGACAAUUAGAAGCCAUUGUGAUUCAAAAGGAUUGAGGCAUUCAUAAAUUGUGAAUGAAGAUGAAAACAAUGAUAAGGCUUAUUCAGUGAUUGGAUACAGUCCUGUAGCUUUUUGGCUGACACAUUUUUUAUUGUUUAUAUUUUGUUUGGCAUCUGAGUAUGAUUAACUUAGAUAUGGCUAUUUUCCGUAAGUAAACGUGCACUUUAAUUUAACAAAACUGGAAAAAUGAGUUGCUGAGCUAUUUGUAUUUUUAACGCUGUGAAUAAUGGCCAAUAAAUAUGAUGAAAGUGUUUCAGGUAUAACGAAUUGUCUUCAGUUGCAAAAGUUACCUUUCAUAUUACCCACCAGCAGAUUUUUUUCACCCUCUUUCUGGUAAACCACAUCCAUUUGAUAUGAUUUUUAUGUUAUUGAGACGUAGUUCAAAUAAAACAAAUUGAGAUAAGCUUUUCACUUACAAAGUGCUGCACCAUUUACUCUCACCUGUAAAGGAUUUUUUUUUUAAUAUUAGUUAACAUUUCUAGUAUCGGCUUUUCAAAAACAUUGUUGGCGAUUACAUUACAUUUUUGGUUUCUUCUAAAUAGGGAUUGAAAAGUCACUAGCUUUAUUUAAAUUUGUGUAAGUUAAAAAUACUAUUGUAGCAUAGUGACGUAUGGAAUAUUAGGAGCAUAUAUAGCGUAGUCAUUCAGCUACCACAUUAAUAUUCAGGGAUACAUACUUAAUUCAUGAUGACUAAUAUUCUCUACUGUUUUAAUAAUGUAAGUCCAGGUUGACAUAUUGAAACUGUUUUGGGGAUUUAAGGCCUAAACCAGAGAAGAAAUUUUAGCUGUAGAAUUCUCACUUUAAUAACUAUGUGACGUUAUAGGUAGUGUAAGGUGUUGCAAAAGUAAGGACACAUUAACUGUGUUACUUUUAUAUCAGACUAGUAGUUUAGUUUUGUGUUACAAGAACCUAACAGCUGCAGCAAAGCAUUUUUUAGAUAUGUAAGUAAAAAAUAGAGAAAUAUUCUUAAUUGGUUGAAAACUUUACAAAUUGUUUCAGUUGUUGCAAUAAGAUAUUUAGGUUUUAGAAAGACUCUCAAAAGGAGCUACAGUUAAAGUUGAUAUUUAUCAAAGCGUUUUUCAAACGUAUCAGUACAUGGAUAUAAAUCUGUAUUUAUGCAUCAGUAUAAAUCAGAUGUAGAAGAAAAUUAAGAACCAGCAUAUAUAAUUUCAUUUUGCUUUUUCUAAAAAUAAUGUAAACCCUUAAUAACAUAACUUUCACUUGGAAUGAUUGCACUGGAUUUUUUUUUUCUUUCAUUGUCUUUUAAGUUCUUUAGGUAUGUUUUAAAAAAUGGUUAAUUGUUACACAGCAGUGCUCCAAGAACUUCUACUAUUUACUCUUCCACCUCUAUAUUGGUCUAAUUUUCCAUCCCUUUCAUGGAGACCAUUGUUUCUCUGAAGAAAAAUAAAUAUUUCCAGUGGAAAUAAGACUGUUUACUUUUAUAUUUGAAAUUUGUAACUAGGUUAGUCAAUUUAGUUCAACUAAAGGAAGUUUAAAAAGAGAAUCACUGAAUGCCAGUGUGUUUUAACAAAAAUUCUGAAAGAGCAAGAUGGCAUAUCACCUUCGUAUAGAGCCAUUAGGUCUUAGAUAAUUUAUAUGCUUUGCUUUCUUAAAUAAUUUUCAUUGUUGUUUAAAGUAUUAUUGUGAUAAACCUUUAAUCAGAACAUUUGAAUGCCUUCAUCACUUUUUUUGGAUAAAGGCAAAUUACUGUGUUCCAUAUUCAUGUCAUUCAAAAUCACUAAAAAUAUAACUCAGCAUUAGAAAACAAUCACUCGGCAUGUUAAUACAGAAAUAUAUGUGACAAUGGAAAACCACUACUUAUCAUUUUUGAGGAUGUAUCUCCAUAUGUCAAAAGUAAAUGUUUCAGUUGAAAGACAUCCACAUAUCCCUGAAAGAUAUUUACAAGGCAAAGGUGGACUAAGAAAGUUUGUCUCUUCUAUUUAUCAAUAGGAAGAAAGUAUGUUUCAAAACAUUACUUGGCAGUAUUGGCAACAAACUCAAGGCAACCUUAAAAAACAUCAUUUUGUGUGCAGUUGCUAAGAAAUUCCAAAUUCAGUCUUCACACUUGCCUUUUGAUUGUUUAAAAUAAGUAAUUAAAAUUUUGAGAUUUGUUACCUGAUAGAUAAUUGGAAACUCAAACACGUUUAAUCAAAAGUAUGUUUGAUAUCUUUAUAAGAAAAUAAAAUGUUACUGAACAUAGUACUUAAGGACGUAAGUACUUAAGAGUUGGGGCAUUGCUUAAUAUCUGUUAAAAUGAUAUUGCAUUUUUAAAAGUAUCACAAGGGUAAAGUGAGACAAAACUCUCUUCACCCCCACGUACUCUUUACACCUCAAGUUUUUAGUUUGUGAAUGUAUAUGUAUGUUUUAAAAUCAUAUCAAUAAAUCAUAGUAAAAGUCAGCUUAUAGGAAGUGAAUUCCCAAAGCAUGUUUGAGUCCAUGCUUCCUUGAGCAGGGUUUCCCUUUGCAUAUAUUUCUUAGGGGGAUAAACAAAGUUUUUUGUAGUUACAGUGAAUGCUGAAAGCAUGGCAUCAGAAAGUGUAUGAAGAUAGGGAGGUCUUAUCAUGGGCUGUGGUUGCUGUGAGCAGGGCCGCCUUCCCACACAAAGAACAGAUUGUGGUUUAACUCUUUCCAUGGCCUAGUUUAAUGUGCUCGCAUAGUAACUGAAUUGUUCAAAUCUCUGCUGGAAACUACUGAUCGGUUUAAUGAUUUCCUCUAUGGCAUUUGGUUAUGCCUCAUGCUGUGAUGUAAUCAUCUGCUUUCUGUAUUAUAAAAUUUUGAUUUAGACUUACUCUGCUCUAGGAACAAUUUACGGCAAUAUGUUAAAACACUUGAUAACUGCAUUAUUGAUUGGGUGGGAUGUACACCUCUUCCAGAUCUGAACUGCAAACUGCCAAUGUACUGCAGCCCUUAGCAUUGAAACUUUGAGUUCAUCUUAAAAAUGAAUUCAUAACUCUGUGGGAGUUUGGGGGCAUCUUUGUUACUGUGUCAUUAGUUUGUACUUUCAUAAUUUCUACCUGACAGAAUUCAUUGUCUGCUGAUUAAAUAGAAUUUAUUCCGUGUAGUUCAGGGUGACCAGCCCUAGGAUGUGAAUUCUAGUUUGGGAUAUAAACAGUGAGAGAAAGUUAUUUUGUGGUUGGGGCGACAGUGUAGGGACCAGAAAAAGUAGCCAGAGUGGAAGUUCUCAUUUGUUUCAGAUCUGGCCUUAUUGCCCGGAUACAGUGUGCACACGCUGAAUGUUAAGCUCUUUCUCAGAACAGUAUUAGGCCUGAGCUUAUGAGAUAGGGUUUACCUACGGCAGGAAGUAAUGAAACACUGACUGCUUUGGGAAGUCACUUGAAAUAACUGUAGGUGCAGACUGUCUGCCACUUGUGCCCGUCUCCCUCCCUUAAAAAAGGCUUAGGUGAAACAGGCAGGCAAAACACAGGACCCUAAGGUAAACCACUUAAUUCACAAGACAGGAUCCCUCCACAUGCAGACUCCCAAGCCUAUGCCUACGGGCACCCACUGUCCUGUCGGAGAAUUCAGAUGCGUAGCAAAUGAAUUGUAUUGAUUCCACAAAAGCAGUGAGUGACCAGCGGUGCACUCCUGGUGUCACCCUGCCAUCGCAUGCAGAGACACAAAGAAUGUAAAGUUGGUGCCAAGUUGCCAUUUUUCAUUGUUCACCUCAGAUUGAUUUUUAAGGGGUUUAGAAUAAUUGCCAUACUCAUGUGAUCGGUUAACAAAUUAACUGACUCUGUGGGGCUUCAGACUCUAUAGGAAAGCUGCCAGAAGAACACCCGUGUCAAUUGUGUUUUCAACUUUAGAAACUUUUAUUUGAAAACGCAAGAGUGUGUGUGUCUGUGAGAGAGUAGGAGCAUGCGAGGAUGAGUAUGCGUGUGUGUGUGUGUGUGUGUGUGUGUGUGUGUGUGUGUGGUGUGUGUAUGUGUGUGUUGAGGGCUAGCAUUGCUGGUGGAGGGAGGGAAUGUGCUGCUCAAAGUAUGGAAACCUUCUGUUCAGGACACUGAUACGACAAGCUGUGUCCUUUGCCCACUUUCCCUCACUGUAUACCAGUUUCUCUAGUUACCUCUCUUGGAAUGGUGCUGUUUCAGUGUUGGAAUGUUGGACGUUUGAUAAGAAAAUGGAUCAAGUUUAAUGGCGCAUGCUCUUUGUGCCACCAGCAGCCUCUUGCUGAGAGCAUGCUCCAAAAGCGGGAACUGUGUGGCAUUACACUGAGCAUCUAUAUGCUUUGUGUUUCUGUGCCACAGAGAAGAGAAAUGAACUGUGGCAUCGCUCCUGCCUUCUGAACAGCUCUGCUCCGAUUUAAAAAAAAAAAAAAACUCACUGUGUUCUUUGUAAAAUGGAUGAAUUUCACCCGUUCAUCGAGGCACUACUUCCACAUGUCCGUGCAAUCGCCUAUACUUGGUUCAACCUGCAGGCUCGGAAACGCAAGUACUUUAAAAAGCACGAGAAGCGAAUGUCAAAGGAUGAAGAAAGAGCAGUCAAAGAUGAGCUUCUCAGCGAAAAGCCUGAAAUCAAACAGAAGUGGGCAUCCAGGCUCCUGGCCAAACUGCGCAAAGAUAUCCGCCAGGAGUACCGAGAGGACUUUGUGCUCACCGUGACUGGCAAGAAGCACCCGUGCUGUGUCUUAUCCAAUCCCGACCAGAAGGGUAAGAUUAGGAGAAUCGACUGCCUGCGACAGGCAGACAAAGUCUGGCGUCUGGAUCUAGUCAUGGUGAUCCUGUUCAAAGGCAUCCCCUUGGAAAGUACCGAUGGAGAGCGGCUCAUGAAAUCCCCACAUUGCACAAACCCAGCACUUUGUGUCCAGCCACAUCAUAUCACAGUAUCAGUUAAGGAGCUUGAUUUGUUUUUGGCAUACUACGUGCAGGAGCAAGAUUCUGGACAAUCAGGAAGUCCAAGCCACAAUGAUCCUGCCAAGAAUCCUCCAGGAUACCUUGAGGAUAGUUUUGUAAAAUCUGGAGUCUUCAAUGUAUCAGAACUUGUGAGGGUAUCCAGAACGCCCAUAACCCAGGGAACUGGAGUCAACUUCCCAAUUGGAGAAAUCCCGAGCCAACCAUACUAUCAUGACAUGAACUCGGGUGUCAAUCUUCAGAGGUCGCUGUCUUCUCCACCAAGCAGCAAAAGACCCAAAACUAUAUCCAUAGAUGAAAACAUGGAACCAAGUCCUACAGGAGACUUUUAUCCCUCUCCGAAUUCACCAGCUGCUGGAAGUCGAACAUGGCAUGAAAGAGAUCAAGAUAUGUCUUCUCCGACUACUAUGAAGAAGCCUGAAAAGCCAUUGUUCAGCUCUACAUCUCCGCAAGAUUCUUCCCCAAGAUUGAGCACUUUCCCCCAGCACCACCAUCCCGGAAUACCUGGAGUUGCACACAGUGUCAUCUCAACUCGAACUCCACCUCCACCCUCACCGUUGCCAUUUCCAACACAAGCUAUUCUUCCUCCAGCCCCAUCAAGCUACUUUUCUCAUCCAACAAUCAGAUAUCCUCCCCACCUGAAUCCUCAGGAUACUCUGAAGAACUAUGUACCUUCUUAUGACCCAUCCAGUCCGCAAACCAGCCAGCCUAACAGCAGUGGUCAAGUGGUAGGGAAAGUGCCUGGCCAUUUCACUCCUGUCUUGGCACCCUCUCCCCAUCCCAGUGCAGUGCGACCUGUGACUCUGACCAUGACAGAUACUAAACCCAUCACUACAUCCACUGAAGGUGAGGCAGCUUCACCUACAGCAACCACCUACACAGCCUCAGGCACAUCUCAAGCCAAUCGAUAUGUGGGACUAAGUCCAAGAGACCCAUCCUUCCUACAUCAGCAACAGCUGAGGAUUUGUGACUGGACCAUGAAUCAAAACGGCAGGCAUUUAUACCCCAGUACCAGUGAGGAUACAUUGGGAAUUACUUGGCAAAGUCCUGGUACCUGGGCUAGCUUGGUUCCUUUCCAAGUAUCAAAUAGGACACCCAUCCUACCGGCAAAUGUCCAAAAUUACGGUUUGAACAUAAUUGGAGAACCUUUCCUUCAAGCAGAAACAAGCAACUGAGGGGAAAAAUGAGAUACAACAAUAGUUUAAGAAAUUUAAAAAAAAAAAAAAAGGAAAAGAGGAAGACUGGACAAAACAAAAAAAACAAAAAAGGGAGAAAGGAAAGAAACUGAAGAAAGAAGAUAACAGACCAGCAAUCGCAGCACUUACAAUCACUAAUUCCCUUAAGGUUGAAACUGUAAUGACAUAAAAAGGGUCGAUGAUAUUUCACUGAUGGUAGAUCGCAGCCCCUGCAAAGUAGCCUUUGUUACAUGAAGUCCGCUGGGAAAUAGAUGUUCUGUCUCUAUGACAAUAUAUUUUAACUGACUUUCUAGAUGCCUUAAUAUUUGCAUGAUAAGCUAGUUUUCUUGGUUUAGUAUUCUUGUUGUUUACGCAUGGAAUCACUAUUCCUGGUUAUCUCACCAACGAAGGCGAGGAGGCGGCAUCAGAGGUGCUGGGGGACAGAGCCAUGAGCCAGCCACUUUAUAAGCACUCUGAUUUCUAAAAGUUAAAAAAAAUAUAUAUAUGAAAUCUCUGUAGCCUUUAGUUAUCAGUACAGAUUUAUUCAAUUUUGGCCCUUAACCCAGCCUUUUCCAGUGUGUAACCCAGUUUGAAAUCUUAAAAAAAAAAAAGAGAAAAAAAGAAAAAAAAAGAAAAAAAGAAAAAAGAAAAAAAAAAAAAAAAAACAGUUUGAACACAAAGGCUCUAUGGAAGAAAUGCCUCUAUGUAGGUGAAGUGUUAUCUCUGCAUGCAACAGUAAAAAUUAAUAUAAUAUUUUCCCCACAAAAGAAACACUUAACAGAGGCAAGUGCAAUUUAUAAAUUUAUAUCUAAAGGGGAAUCAUGAUUAUAAGUCCUUCAGCCCUUGGACUCUAAAUUGAGGGGAUUAAAAAGAAUUUAAAAUAAUUUUGAACGAAUUUAUUUUCCCCUCAGUUUUUGAGGGCAUUUAAAAGGCAUUAAAUCAAGACAAAUCAUGUGCUUGAGGAAAAAAAAAAAAAUGAAUGAAAACACAGCACUUAUGUUGAUUUAGCUGCAGCCUCCUUGGAGGUAGAAUUUAUUUAUUUAAAAUUACUGGUUGCAUCAAGAACCCAUAGGGUGUACAAAAGGUUCUAUAAAAUCUGCAUUCUAGAGACAAAGAGGCAGGCAAAUCCAUGUCACAAGGGUGAAGCUUACAGUUUACAAACUGGGAACGCCAGGGUGUAGGAUAUAAAAAAUGCACUCUUGAGAAAACAAUGUAAUCAGGGUGCUGAAUACUUGCAUGGUGCUUUCAGACAUUAGCCUUGUUCAACAAAUUUCUUGUAUUGACAGAUCUGUAGUGUGCAUGGGCAGACACAUUUUGCCUCUAUGUCUCUUAAAAUUUUAAUUAAAAAUACUCUUUCCAGUAAUCCUAAUUUGCACGAAGAUAUAAUGUCCACAUGACGUGCCUUGCCUUGAAAUCUAAAAAACAAAAAACAAAAAAAAACAACAAAAAACCACAAAAAAGUGACAUCACUACACUUGUUUUGCUGCAUUUAUUAUCAUUUUAGAUCUUUACCAUUUUUAUGACAAAAUAUUUUGUACUCCAGACGAAGAAAAAUGUGUGACAUCAUGGAUUUUUUAGACAGUUAUACCUUUAUCUCACAUUUAUAAAGCAUAUCAUGGCUGUGUAUAGUUGCCGCUUAAAAAUUGUAAUCGACCAGCAAUAUUUUCAGUAUUUUGGUGUUUUUUCUAUUAACCUUUCAUGUUUUUCAUCUUCCAAUUAAUAUUUGGGGGGGAGGGGUUUCAAAUUUAUACGAAUUAUGCAAUACCAAGUUUUGCCUAUGUAGGUAGUGCUUUUAGCUGUAUUGGUUAUUAUAGGUAAGUACACAGAUUUAAAAAAAAUAAUGUAUGCUUUUUUUUUGUUUGUUUGUUUUAAUUGACCAAAGUGGGUACUGCUAUUUUUGCAGUGUGAUGAGGUCCUUUUGUGUACUGAGAGAUGGACAGGGGAUUUUUUUUAAUAUACAUAUAUAUAUAUUCUGGGGUGGGUGGGAGGAUUUUUUAACACUUUACAGUGUAGCUGUGAAGCAGUGCACCCUGAGAUGGGCCUGGGCUGCAAAGCGACUGUUCUGCCUACUGUGACAAACUUCAACUUACACAGGUUUCCCCUUCUCAAACUUCCCACCUGGGGUGCAAGCUGAACUCAUUUCUGGUUUUCAUAACACCAAACACAUAGGAAGAACAAGCGAACACAACCAAUUCUCCUGGAGGCAGACUUGGCUUAAAACAAAUUUUUCUUACCUUUUUAAAGAUUUUUUUUGGUGGUGGUGGUAGUGGUGGUUUUUCUUGAAAGUUCCGGAUCCACAGUGAAGAGUGAGACUGUCUCAUGUUUGGCAAAGAUAGUCAUUGGAAAGUACACCUAGUGGAUAUUUCAGCUUUGGGUUUAACAGCCGAGGGUCUUUCUCCUCUAAGAUUGGCCAUCCUGCUAGAGGGGGAGGUCUUUUCUCCACCACUUCUCUUCCCCAUUUCUUCAUUUCAUUCAUGAGAGUCUGUGAUUUACCUGUGACUCACUUCUUCAAAUGGAUGGCAGUGUGCUUGGGGAAAAAAAUUUUUUUUAAUAUCCAGAAGAUUGAACAGAGGGUUGCUAUUAUUAAAUGCAUUUGGACAUACAGAUUAAAAUCAAAGUUCAAUUUUUAAGGAACAAAAAUAAAAUAAAUCUUGUUACAUUUUCAUUUUACCUGCCCUCUUAAACUGAGAACCAGAGCAGAAGGGAAAUAGAGAAUUUUAAGAAAUUAAUUUUCCUGUGGCUGAAUUAAGCCCAUUAGAUGCUGAUGGGAUUUUUUUUUUUAAGGGUACCUCAAAUAUAUAUUUGAUUUGAUUUCCUCCGGUGGCUGGAGGGUGAAUGGAGCCUGGUUCUACUUUCCUCUCCCCCACUACUCCCCACUCCCUUUGAGAGAACGCAUUACUAGAAGGAAAAUCUUUUAGAAUUAGUGACACAUGGUGGGCUGUCUUGAGGUUCCCCUGACCCCAGUCCCCCAGGCCAUGGCCUAAUAAAAUCAGCUGUCCAUUGUUCUCACAGCAUAUCAUUUAAUAAUGAAUACUUUAGAACAAUGCUCAAUGGUCUGAGAAUUGUAUUUGAUUAGCCCAUUCAGUUGGACAGCCCAAAUGCUGAAUAGCCCAGCAGGGUCCUAGUAGCACAGGUUCAAAACUAAGUCUAGUCAUUUCUGUGAUGACUUGUCCUGGUAGAAAACAGAUCCUCCCAGCCAAGCUCUUCCUGUCUCUGCCACCUAUUAGGUGAGCAAAUCAACCUCACAGGACACGCAGUAUUUUUUAAGAGCAGACUCACCCUCUCUCUCUCUCUUUUUUUUUUUUUUCUUUUUUCUUUCUUUCUUUUCUUUUUUUUUUUUUGCCAGUAAAUGAGCAGCUCUUGCUAAGUAAGUUACACACUGUGGGUAUUCCUGCCUGCCUCUUGAAUACAGAAGCCUAAUUCGAGUGUUAAUUUUUUUUUUUUUAAAUCAUUGUUUUGGUCUCCUUUCCUUUUGAGAUAAAACUCUUAAAAAUUUACUAUAUAAAUUUAUAUAUAUAUAGAAAUCUCAAAUCCAUUUCGGCCUCCUCCUUUUACCAGGAAGUAUCUUGUGACUGAGGGCCCCACUCUGGCAGGUCUUGCACGCCCCUCCCCUCCCCAGAACUGCAGAGCUAUAGGAUGGUGAAGGUCACCCAAGGGCACCAGCUGGGCGUGGCAUCUCCAGCCCCAGGCUCUCGGCACUGUUCAGCUUUCCUUGCGUUGCUUUGUAGCCCACCACUCACAGUGCCUCUGAAGUGUUUCCUCUGGAGUGACAUGAGCGUUGGAGGCUUGUCUAAGGAGAAAAUUGGAAAAAGGCAGUGAAGGAGACUGUACAUAAAGACAUGGCAAAAAUCUUAAUUAUAGCAAUAUAGUUAUGGGGUAAUGUUCGGGUGGGCAGCUCCAUUUAAAAAAAAAUAUGUGAAUGAAUCUGUGAAGCUGCGAGUAGCAAGAAGAGCGAAAGGUCUUCUUAACGAACCGCCUACCUUGUAGACAGUAAUUUGUACACUGUAUAGUUUUGUUAAGAAUUUUUUUUUUAAAUUAAAAUUCCCAUGUUUGUAAAGCUAACUUUUUAACAAUUAUAAUGGAACUAUAUGUUGUUUCCAUUUUUAAAGUAAACAAGAAUAUUCCUUGUUUGGAGACUGGACUUGAGUUAAAACUCUCCAGUCUCUUAAGUUAUGUAUUAAAAAAAAAUCUGUCCAUGUUAGGAGUUAUUUCACAGAUUCCUGUGCUUGAAAAGCAUAGGAUACUAAUCCUUUAAAAAAGUGUAAAUGGAGAAAAGUUAUAUUUUAUGAAGGUUAUUUUGUUGUAUUUAGUAUUGGAAAAGUUGGUUUUCAGAGCAUUUCAGAAUGUCGGAAGCACCACUGUCUUUUUAUUAGUAUAUAACGGCCUUUAGCAAAAGUUUUUGUGAUUGUUCCGUGAUGGUAUUUAAGGUUGUUUCACAGAGCAUUCAGGAUAGGCAGAAAACGAAAACAGUGCUAUGUCUCACAUAACGUGUCCUCAGGGAGCAGAAUCUUGGAUUGGUGACUUGUAGCUUCAUAAGGACUCAACAAAAGAGAUUGCACAGGGACAUCUUCAGCGGUUUGACACCAAGACACGUGUUCUUUACCUAGAUUCAAACUAUGUACUGUGUGAAACGAUGAAGGCUGCAGAAAGUUAUCCCAUAUUCAGUGUACAGUAUUCAUUUUUAAUGAAACAACUCUACAAUAUUGCUGGCAGAUAGGCCCCAAGCAUGACAUUCAGUAUAGUUUACAUGUUCCUGUCAAGGUCUUUUGUUAACAUUAACCAGCUGCAUGCUUCCUGGACUUAAAAAAUUGGGUUUCUAUAGAAAACUUUUUUUUUUUUUUUAAAUGUGCAGGCUAUUCAAGUUCAAUAGUAAAAGCUCAAAAUUGAAUGUUCUACUCCAUGCUGAAGGUGCUGAAAGCUGCCUUCUUCAUAUUUUGCACUUUCUGGUAGUUCCCCUGUUUUUUCUAAUUCCUUAAAAAUUGUGUGGGUGGGGUGGAGCACUGCAGUUGGGGGGUUACAUGGACCACUGAUUUUUGCCCUUUGACCCUGCACAAUGACCUUUGCAUCAGCCAAACUCAUUGCCAUGACAACUCUUUGUACUGCGUCCGUGCCACAGAUCUGUUGGUGACAUUGUUCAUAUAGUAAAAGGGGACAAGUUGGAGACGGUCAAUUUUUACAUUUUUUUUUUGUUGUUGUUGCAAUCCUUUCUUCAAUGGUUGUAAGUAGUUUUUUUUUUUUUUUAAAUAAUAAAAGGGUUCACUAGUUAAGACUCUUUAGAAAUAACUGUGUGUUGCAAUUCAAAUGUAUGUUGAGAUUGUGAAAACGCUUCAGUGCCACUAGCCUACCAGCACGCCAGCCCCAGCCUCUGAUAACUUUCAUUGCAUGAUACAGUACCAGUAACAAAAGGUGGCCUGCAUAUGUGGAAGGCAGUGUGAGCUGGUGACACUAAAGCCGGUCUUGUAUUACUGUAUUUUUGACAGAAUGGUAUGGAAAACUGUGCUACAGGGACUGAUGUGGCAAAUAUAUCUCUUUAUGCAGAAGGAAGUCUUUUUUUUUUUUUUUGAGAAGUAUGGCUUAUUAUGCAUUCUUCAUCGAGGGCAUUGAAGUUGCAUGGACUGAAAAAAAGUUGAUGCAAAACGAGAAAGAAACAAAACAAAAUAAAACAAAAAAAAAAAAACCAGCAAAAUGUUUACCAAAAAACUCAAACAAAUGAGCAGUGCCUGUUCAAUUUCACAGUCUCUGUUGAGUUCAGUUGUAAAUAUGUUUCAAAUGACAUUUUCUUGGAAAAAAAAAAAUCUCUACAACAUUGUAGAAUGUGAGGGGUAACUCCAUCCCAGGCAUAGGCUUCUCAAAGCUGCAUUAGAUUAUGUCUUCAUCAAGCUGUUAAUUUGUGCUUAUAUCAUAUAGAACUUUUAGCAUCCUGGGAAGAGAUGCCCCCACCUCAAUGAUAUUUCUCUGAGAACAACUUUUGUAGGACUGUGUGUUUCUUUAGAUACAUUUAGUACAACUGUAGGUGACGAGUAGUCAGUUAUUGCUUGCUAGCUACACACCAGGGUUGAUCCAUUUUAAAACUUUUGGCAUUUUUGUCCUCGUGGGCCAUAAAUACAGAACCUUGUACUUUAAUUAAAUUUUUCCAAAAGGAGGCACAUGCACAGUCUCUGUGUUAACAAACCUUUAGCAGUAGGAUGUAUUAUAUGACAGUUACUGAAUUUCUGGCGUUCAGACCUCUGGGAUCAGCCCCAGACGGGGCCAGAAUGUUAGCGAAGGUUUUAUUGUGCCCGGUUGGAGGAUAAUGUUCUUUGGGUACUUUUUGUGGGUUGCAAAUGAACUCAAUUGCCACAAGUUUUAAACUGGUGUAAAUCAAGCUUGACUUAAUGUGAUUGUUACUGUUAUAUCCAGCCUAUACUGCUAGCAGCUGCUCAUACUGCAGUCAAUUACUGGAAGCAGAUAUAUUUCCUAUGCAAAAACUGUUUAAACAAUAAAAUGAGCUAUGCUACAGA